AUGAGCUUUCAACGGGUUAUCUUUUUGGGAGGUCAAGGGAGUCGCCAUUCCCCUUCGUCAAGUACAAGGAAGCUCGUAGAUGGAGGAAACCCAUCGUUGACUCUAUUACUUUCAGCAUGUCACAGUGCAUUCUUAGAAGAGGUUGUAGCUUCACGAUCUCUGUUAUCUAUUCCGGAAUGGGCAAACUUUGAGGUGUCAAGCUCUCCAGAAAGUCUGCUUACCCUGCGACCAGACCAGACGCGCAAUCCAAUUCUCGAAGGCGUUUCAUUAUGUGCCAAUCAGCUCCUGGCUUAUCUCAACUACGAUCCUAAUUUAGAGCUGUCGUCCCAUGUUGCAGUAGCCAAGAGCGCCAUUCGCACGGCAUAUUGGUUAGGAUAUCGGGCGGCAGAACUUGCUUACAAAAUUGCUGGAGAAGAAUCGCAACGCCUUCCAUGGGCACUUUCAGUGAUUGGAAUGCCAGAAAAGACUUUGGAGACCAAGGUGGAAGAUUUCAAUACACUUUUAGAUGCACCCACGCUACAGAAUGGAUCAAUACGACUUGCCAAUAGAUUCAGUCAACAUGCGUUCAGUGUUGUUGGCCUGGGAUCCUCACUCGAACAGUUCCGCUCAAGGCACCUGGUAGGAAAUACAGCAUCAUCCCCGAUACCGGUAUACGCUCCGUAUCAUGCUGGCAACGAAGGCCAUAACGCACUAGAAAUGGUGCUCCGUGACUUGAGCUGCGGAAAAAGCGAUUUCCCUUCACUGGCAGAUCUGAAGCAUCCACUAUGGUCUUGCCAUGAUGGCCGUGUGCUAGACGCACAUUCGCAAUUAGCUGACUCCUUACUAGAAUAUAUUAUUUCCUGCAUUCUUGUGGAAAAUGCGGAUCUCUCCAACACUUGGAAUAAUGUGGUAGAAUCCAUCAAGUCAUAUGAUGAAUCGGAGGUGAUCACUAUCGGGGCCGGUGCUCGAACGUUGAUUGCGAGCGUCAAUCGAGAUAUCUCCUCACCACAACGGACCAGCUUCAUUGAUGUGCCGUUUAUUGGCAUUCAAUCAGAUACUGGCCUCUCGACAGAAUUUGCCAUCGUAGGCAUGUCGGUGAAUUUUCCCUCUGGGCUUGGAAAGGAACAAUUCUGGAGGACGCUUGAGCAAGGUCUCAAUACAGUACAGAAGAUUCCAGAAACUCGAUUUAAAAUCGAUGACUAUCAGCCACGCCGAGGGCAACAUGGCACAAAUCGUGAGAUGAAGGCGCGCCAUGGUAACUUCAUUGACAACCCAUACGGCUUUGAUCAUGAAUUCUUUAACAUUUCACCGCGUGAUGCAAAUUCAAUGGAUCCUCAACAGAAAAUACUGCUUCAAGGAGCUGUCCAUGCCAUGGACGACGCCGGAUAUGUCCCGCACGUUACACCAUCUUAUGAUCCUCGCACCAUUGGUGGUUACAUUGGCAUCGCAACAGAAGACUAUGUACAGAACUUAACCCGGGAUAUUGAUGUAUAUUAUUCGACUGGAACACUGCGUGCCUUCUUGAGCGGUAAAAUCUCUUACGCGUUUGGAUGGAGUGGCCCCUCACUUGUCAUUGACACUGCGUGCUCAUCUUCAAUGGUCUCCAUUGCGACAGCGUGUCGAGCAUUAGCUGCUGGUGACUGCUCAGCUGCCUUGGCAGGUGGAGCGAACGUUAUCACCAGGCCAGAUAUGUAUAUAGGCCUCUCUAAAGCUCACUUCUUGAGUGAUACCGGCCAGUAUCUGAAAGGCGCUGGCCUCUUUGUCAUCAAACGGUUAGAAGAUGCAAUUCUUGAGAAUGACCGUAUAUAUGGCGUUAUCCGAGGCAUAGAAGUCAAUCAAAGCGGAAACGCCUCUUCAAUUACACACCCCCAUUCUGAGACACAGCAGAAUCUUUUCCGCAAGCUCCUCUCUUCUUCCGGCAUUGACCCUACAUCAAUAAGUGCUGUAGAAGCUCAUGGGACGGGAACUCAGGCGGGUGAUGGGGUCGAAUCUUCCAGCCUUGAGUCGGUCUUCGGGGGCCUAUCGCCUGUACAGUCUGUCUACUUGACGUCUAUAAAAGGCAAUAUAGGACACGCAGAAGCUGCAUCUGGUGCUGCGAGCCUGGCAAAAAUAUUAUUAAUGAUGCAUCAUUGUACGAUUCCGCCUCAGGGCAGUUUUAAGAAUCUCAAUCCGAAGUUGGAAAGUCUACUGUCAAGGACUUUUCGGAUCGCGACACGGUCUGUUGAAUGGAAAACUCGAGUUAGUACACCAAGACGAGCUUUGAUCAACAACUUUGGGGCCGCAGGAUCAAACGCAGCACUCAUUGUUGAGGAGUAUCAGAGGAACAACAUACCGCCCCUUACCGAACGUACCGCUAGAGCAGCAUACAACUUCAUUUUGUCGGCCAAGAGCGAAUCAGCACUGAAAGCCCUUAUCAAGCUUUAUCUGGAGAAGCUUCAGAUGGGCCCUCCUUCCCCUGCAAUUGAGGAUCUCUGCUACACCGUGACUGCGAGACGACAGUUGUAUAAAUGGAGAUCUUCUCUAACCGUAAGCAGUGUCACAGACUUGAUCCAGCAGCUAGAACAAAAUUUGACUCUUCAUCAAUGCUCAGCAAAAUCUGAAAGUCUACUUGUUUUUGUCUUCUCUGGUCAGGGCAGCUUUUACUCAGGAAUGGGUAAGCAGCUACUGUCCACUGCAACUGUUUUCCGGGAAAAGGUGACAGAGUGUGAUCAAAUACUGCAACAGCUGGGACUUCCAAGUGUCAUACCAGAUAUUGAUGGGACAUUUGUCCCUGCUGCAACAUCUGACUUUGUAUUAUGGUCUCAGAUUGCAUGUUUCAUUGUGGAAUAUACCCUUGCGUGUCUUUGGCUCUCCUUCGGGAUUCAGCCAGAUGUGAUCAUCGGUCAUAGUCUCGGAGAAUACGCAGCCAUGGCUAUCAGCGAGGCUCUUUCUGUUAAAGACGCCUUGACAAUUGUCGUCCGUCGCGCUCAGCUCAUGACGAAAUCAUGCGAGCUGGGCAAGACUGGCAUGAUAGCCUGUGAUAGAUCAGCUUCCUACAUCGAAAAAGAGAUACUGUCUGCCAACCAUCUCUUAUCCUUAACGAUAGCUUGCGAUAAUAGUCCUACCACCAGCGUGGUUUCCGGUCCGUUAAAUGAUAUUGAUCGCUUGGCAACCCUGCUUGAAGAGCGAAAAAUCCGUCACAAGCGAUUAGGAGUCCGCCUAGGUUUUCACUCAGCAGCUUUAGAUCCAAUUCUCCAAGAAUUAAAUGAUCUAUGUCAUGAUAUGCCAUUCCAUGCUCCCAAGUUUCCGUUGGGAUCUUGUCUCCAUGGCCGGCUCAUGCAGAAGGGGGAUCUCAAUCCUAGUUAUAUUGCUCAACAAACCAGAGGAAAGGUGCGCUUUGCAGAGCUUGUCAAGUCCCUUCAUGAUAAAGAAACUCAGUCGCCUGUUUUCGUUGAAGUUGGGCCACAUCCAAUCACAUCGCCUAUGGUCAAGACCAUAUUUUCUAAUCCGGGCUCCUUAUUUUUACCUUCUCUUGUGAAAGAGCAGGACGCAUGGGUGGCAUUGUCAGGCGCUUUACAGCAAAUGAGUCUUCGUAGCAUGUCAGUUCGCUGGCGUAGCAUUUUUGACGGCUCAGAAGCUGAGAUUGUCGAUGUUCCGGACUAUCCUUUUCAGACACAAUCAUUGUUCAUUCCUUUCGGCGAAAUCUAUGCCGUUACUAAGUAUGAUACAGGAGUCGUCAAAAAUAUCCGGCCGAAGUCAUUCCAUCUACUCAGUGAAAUGCAAAGAGAAAGUCCAACAUCAGUUCCUUCAAACUUCUCCACUGAUCUUUCAUUCCUCUCCAAAUAUAUUCAUGGGCAUGUAGUUGGCAAGUCUCCUCUAUGCCCUGCUUCACCAGAUGGAGUAAGAGCUAUAUUUUGCUCCGGGUGGGCUUCAUGGCAGCCAAACACAAAAAUAAAUCGUACUCUCGCGCGUAGUGCUGCAUAUGUCAAACGACAAAUCGCGCACAUGCAAUCCAAGCAAGCUUACACAAACGUCUUCCGAACCAAGACGCUAUACAACACAAUCUUCCCCAGAGUCGUUUCCUAUAGUGGAGAUUUUCAAGCCAUAAAGGAGCUCACCGUAUUGGAGGACGGAUUAGAAGGAUAUGGAACAUUUCAGAUUCCUCUAAAAUCUCGUCAAGGAGGUAUUAUUACACCCGUAUUUGUGGAUACACUUCUUCACGCUGCAGGAUUUGUCGCCAAUAGUCAUGUUCACCAAACUGAUGCCUGCAUUUGCACAAAAGUCGAAAUGACUAGAAUACUGUAUCAAGGUAUAUCUCUUAAUCAGACAUUUCAAGUAUACUGCAGCUUGUUGGAUUGCAAUGACGGGGUGCUGCUAGGGGAAGCAUACGCGAUGACAGAGGAAGGAGUCGUGGUGGCUAGCGUAGAGGGUAUGCACUUCAAGCGGUUGAACUUGAAAUUCUUUCAAGAGCGUCUAGCACGGCAAAUGGUCGGCGGUGUAUCUGGUCAAGCAUUAUCAGCUGUCAGGAUGCAAUCAUCCGGGUCAGCAAAGAAAACUACAACGAUUGAGUCUGACUGGAACAUGCAAACCCAAGUGGCUCGACAGGAUGAUUAUGAGUCUGUCGUAAUUGACGUGAUCGCUCAGAUCUGCGAAAAAUCGCGUGUUUCAAUCAACGGCUUGACUAACCUAUCCAGUCUUGGUAUUGAUUCCAUGAUGCGCAUUGAACUUGCGGCGCCACUUAGAGAGAGAUUCUCAGAUCUUGAUCUGGACCUGGACGAAAUGACAAACAUGGAGAACGUUCAGGAGUUGCAGGAAUAUGUCAAAAAACAAAGCAUUGGAGCGAGCUACACUUUCCCUAUCACCUCUGAAGGUUCCUCUGAUGAGACUUCCUUCGAUGAGGCCAAUGAUCCUCCGUCUAGUUCCAGCUCUUCCAGCGACAGCCCCAUUCUACCCACAUCUGAUGGGAUAAAUCAAUUACUGUUAAUCAUCAACAAAAAGUGUGAAGUACCGGUGUCAGAAAUCAAUCUUGAAACGACGUUGGGAUCCCUAGGCGUUGAUUCGUUAAUGGAGAUUGAGCUGCAGGAGACGUUACAGCAACAUUUUGGACGGUCAUUGCCAGUUGAAGACACUGUCUUCGACCUAACCAUCCAGGAGUUAGCUACCUACCUCGGAUUGAACUUGACGCCAAAAUCACAAGGGACACCUUUGGAAGAAUUCCAAGGGUCACCGAAUAAUCCGUCUUACGGCAUUUCCGGAAAUAAAAUCAACUAUUUGCAAGUCACAGUUUCCCACGAACCAGCUCUGACCCAGCUGCAAACGAGUUCCGAAGGUUUUGCCCCCAUUGGUGCUCUUUCACGAUGGAAGAUUACUCCUAUAGGCGGUAAUGUUUAUGCCAUCAAGAAUCCAACGCUGAAGGAGACUCAUUGGGCGAAGGGCCUCACCGAUAUGGCUGAGCAGUAUGCUUCGGUAAUCAUCGGCUCUUUGAAAGGUCCCGUCAUUCUCGGAGGCUGGUCCUUUGGGGGAGUGUUGGCGCACGAAGUAGCUCAGUCUCUUGAGCGUGAGGGAUGCAGAACGCUGGCGGUCAUCAUGAUAGACUCACCUUGUCCACAUAACUUAGAGCCCCUUCCUCAACCUAUUGUGAAGCAUGUGCUGAGCGCCAAAGAACUUUCAACCUCUGCCAUAUCCGUUAUCACAGCACAGUUCCAGCAUCAUGCACGAUUUCUCGCUGAAUAUUCUUCCCAAGAGACAAUAGCGCAAGAUGUCAUUCCGGAGGGCAGAAAGUACUUUAUGCUUCAAAGUAGCAGCACAAUCGACACCCGUCGCUUAUGCGGCGCAGACCAUCCUUGGUUAUCGGAUAACCAGUGUCGAGAGGCUGCUCUGGCCCAAUGGGAGCGCCUGCUAGCACGCCAAUUGACAGUGCUGAAGAUUCCUGGAAAUCAUUUCGAACCUUUCGAACCACAAAAUGUAAGUUCCCUUACCGAGUCCCACUGUUGCUCUGAAGGUGUUAAUUAA